UCUAUAUCCUUACCUCUAAUUACAGUGUGUCAUGCCAAGGGCAGGCAUUAUGAGAGUCCCAUUGUCCCCCUUAAACCCCUCCAAAACCCAUUCCUCAAGCAUCCCAUUCUUCCAUCCCCCAAGCCCUCAGCUAAGAUGCACCUCCCACGAAGUCCAUCACCACCACAACGCCACCCACCUCCACACCCUCCUAACCACGACCACAAGCAACCGUCCCAACCCAAAGCAUGCCACCCAAAUCCACGCCCAGCUCAUCACCACCAACUCCCUCCCCAUCCCCCUCCUCCACACCCAGCUCAUCAACCUCUACGCCAAGUCCGGCCAGCUCCCCCAAGCCCUCCUCACCUUCAAAACCACCCGAGAACACAGCAACGUAGUCACCUGGACCUCCCUCAUCACCCACUUGGCCCAAUCCCACCAACCAUUUGAGGCCCUCUCCCUCUUUGCCCAUUUAAAGAGGGAAGGCCUCGGCCCCAACCCCUACACCUUUUCCGCCGUGCUCCCUGCUUGCGCCGAAACCCGCUCCGUCUUGCAUGGUUCGCAGGUGCAUGGGCUUGCAUGCAAGCACGGCGUCGACGCCGACGUCUUUGUUGCGAGUGCGUUGGCUGAUACGUAUGCCAAAUGCGGCGAUAUGCAUGCAUCCAAAAGGGUGUUUGAUGAAAUGCCUCGGAGAAACCUUGUCUCGUGGAAUGCCAUUAUAGUGGGGUUUGUGAGAAACAAGCUUUAUGACGAGGCAGUAUGGAUGUUCCGAGCAUUGCUCGUGGAUGGAUCGGCGAGCCCGGAUCAAGUGAGCAUUUCUAGUGUUUUGAGUGCCUGUGCAAACUCUGGCGGACUGGGUUUCGGCGGGCGAGUGCAUGCGCAUGUGGUUAAGCUUGGAUUGGAGUCGGUAGCUUAUGUCAAGAACUCGCUAAUCGAUAUGUACAGCAAAUGUGGGCGCUUUGAAGAGGCUUCGGGGUUGUUUGAUAUUAUGAAUGAGAGAGAUGUUGUCGCUUGGAAUACCAUGAUGACGGGUUGGGUCCAAAAUGAUCACUUUGAAGAAGCUUGCAGCUGUUUCCAGGCGAUGAUGAGAGAAGAAAUUCUCCCUGAUGAGGCUUCCUUUUCGACCGUCCUCCAUGCUUCAGCCAGCCUAGCAGCAUGGGGCCAGGGGGCUGCAAUUCACACCCUGAUCAUAAAAACCGGGUUCGGUAACAACCAGUGCGCCGGGAGCUCCUUGAUAACCAUGUAUGCCAAAUGUGGUAGCUUGGAUGAUGCAUAUCGAUCGUUUCAGGAGAUGAAACACCAUCAAAAUGUGGUAUCGUGGACAGCCAUGAUUGCAGCCUUCCAGCAGCAUGGGCAUGCUAACCGUGUCAUCGAAUUGUUUGACAGGAUGUUGGAAGAGGGCAUGGAACCGGAUUACGUAACAUUUGUUUGCAUUCUUUCAGCUUGCAGCCACAGCGGGCUUAUAGAACAGGGAUUCAGAUACUUCACGUCAAUGUCUCAGGUUCACAAUAUGGCACCGGGGAAAGAGCAUUAUGCUUGCAUGGUUGAUAUGCUUGCCCGGGCUGGCCGUUUGGCUGAAGCGAAGCAGUUCAUUGAUACGAUGCCGAUCAAGCCUGAUGCUUCGGUAUGGGGAGCUCUGCUUGGAGCUUGUGGUAAGAGCGGAAAUCUGGAAUUGGGAAAAGAAGUUGCUCGGAGACUAUUCGAGAUCGAACCAGAUAACCCUGGAAACUAUGUGCUUCUUGCAAACCUGUAUGCGAGACAUGGGAGGCUGGAGGAGGCCAAGGAGGUCAGGAGAUUGAUGGGGUACAACGGGGUGAGGAAGGAGACCGGUUGCAGCUGGAUUGAUGUCAAGAACAAGACAUACGUGUUUACAGUGCAUGACCAAUCCCAUCCGAGGACACGGGAGACUUAUGAGAUGUUGCGAAGGAUGGAGGAGCUGGUGAGGGUGAAGGGAUAUGUUGCUGACAUCCAGUUUGCUGUCAAUGAUGUGGGAGAGUACAAGGAGCAGAGCUUGUGGUAUCAUAGUGAGAGGCUGGCACUGGCAUUCGGGCUGAUAAGUUUGCCCAUGGAUGCACCAAUCCGGAUAAAGAAGAACCUGAGGACUUGUGGAGAUUGUCAUACUGUUAUGAAGCUUGCUUCUGGGAUCUUCAGCCGGGAGAUUGUAUUGAGAGAUACCAACCGCUUUCAUCGGUUUGCCGGUGGAUCAUGUUCUUGCGGGGAUUACUGGUGAAAAAAGAAGUGAUUCUGAAUGUGAUGCCAAGAAGCCAUAAUUGGGGGAUGAAAAGUAGAUCGUCCUGCGAUUCAGCAUGCAACAAGUUCAUAUCUGGGCAAGAAGUAACAAAAGGAAGCAAGACCGGAUCGCUCUAAAGAAUAGAGGUGGCUGGAUAGGGUGCAAUGAGGACUAUUACAUUCUAGACAUCACAAUCUGAUGUUUUUCCGUACCCAGACUUCUGCCCUCAAAGUUACUCUUCUUCCAAGUAUUCUUAGCUAAUUUCAAGCAGGCAACAAUUAUCCACCAGUGGAACAUCAUUAUAAUGGGUUAGGAUUCUGACAUUAUCCACCCCAUAUAACCCUGUAAAAUUGACUAUUAUGUAAGCCAUUUAUAUUCACAGCCAACUGCCCAAUUUGGCAGAAGGGAAUCUUUCUUACAAACAACAGUUUUCUUUAUGACAUU